AUUAAUUAAAAAAAUGCUCAAAUCUCCAUUUAAAUUAUACGGAUAGUCUUUUGUUGCUUCACUCGGUGCAUUAGUAUGUGGAUUUACAAUAUCCUAAUUAGGAAUAGCAUACAACUACUUAGCUGAAAACUAUUACAUAGACAAAUUUGAUAAGUAUGGCAAAGUUACAGCUUAAUUCAGAAACAUUUGCACCAUUGUUGUGGCUAUUUUAUCUGUAGGUGCAAUGAUAAGUGCAUAUUUUUCUAAAUACAUUUUUCAUAAAUUAGAAAGACGAUAAAUAAUGAUUCUUGCUGAUUUUAUUUUUAUAUUAGGUAGCAUUUUAGGUUUAGUUUAAGAUUAAUAUGCCUUUACCUUCGCCAGAUUUAUUAUGGGUUUAUCAGUAGGUUUAAAUACUACUGUAAUUUUACCUUAUCUUCGUGAAAUUUCGCCUGAUAACUAUUCUAAAAAAAUCUGUUCUUUUUUUAAUAAUUAGUUCUUUAAUGGAGUAAUCUUAGGAAUGGUAACGAGUUUGCCUUUAAAAUAAUUCAGCUCAAACGAUACACCAUAAAAUAACUUAUGGAUGUUGGUUAUUAUUUUCCCUGCUUAUACUCCAUUCUUUUAUUAUAGUAAUAAUAUGCAUUAUGAAGGAAGAAAAGCACUUGAAAGAUUAUACGAAGAAAAUUCAGUAUAAGAACUUGAAAACAGUAUCAUAGGUGGUGGAGUCAAUUAAUCUGAUAAUAAAAGGUCACUCAUAGCCUUUGACUCUAUUGUUAAUCAAUAAAAAUGUCCUUCUUAAAGAAAUAGAUUAAUAACUGGAAUGUGUAUUAAUUUUUUAUAAUAAAUGACUGGAAUUACAAUGCUUAUGGCUUAUUUAACUGCUGUUUUUGGAGAAGUUACUGAUGAUUUCAAAAAACAAAAUUUACUUGUAUUAUGUGGGGCCUUUUACAGGUAUUCUUACUAGUGA